AAGUGCAGUGUGUUGGUCAGGUGGCGUGUGUGUUGUGUGCUGCUGCUACGAGCAGGGCUAGACAGCCAGUAUGGCGGAGCAGGGCACUGUGUACGACCUGAAGAGGCUUGAACAACAAUUACAGACUUUGUUCAGCCGUUUCACGUACAAUGAUUUACAAGCCGAUAGCAAACCUUUCUGCUCGAGCUUUUGCAAGCUGGUGGAAUAUUAUGCAUCGCGUUGGAAGGUGCCACUGCCACAGCUCAGGAUCCUGGAGAGGGCUCUAUGCUGCUUCACCCAGGCCUCUGUGUUCUUCACAGUGAACUGUGAUCACGUGCUCCAUACACUCAGCAGUCUUGCCUUAAGUAUUUUUGAGUUGCUGCUUUUCUUUGACCAGAGGGACUUUGAUCAAGAUCCUUUAAAAAAGAUCACCGUUACAUUCCAGGAAUGUUGCUCGGCCCUUGUGAAAUAUCAGAAUGUUCACUUGCUUCAGGUGGAGCGAUUGCUUAGAGCUGGUGGGCCUUGGGCAAGCCCAACUUUACAUGCCAUUCUCAGUGAAUCUACUUUACCUCAGACAGAAGUGGAAGAUUGCAUCAGCUCUGAGCCUCCUAUUUUCUUUGAGCUGCGAGUGCGUUACCUUCUGUCGUGUCAGCGGCUUCCUGAGGCUCAGGCCCUGGCCAAGUGUUGUGCUCAGCAUCCCUCAGUUGGGCAGCACUUGUUCUUCUACCAGGUCUACCUCACCGGGCUUUACAAAACAUCACAGCAUGAAUGCCUACUUGAGGAGUUGGUGGACUUCAGUGGGAAAGAUGCAGUGAACUUUUUGUGUAGUUUGGAGAGUGAAGAAAAUGAUGAGCUACUGCUGGACUUCAGCAGAGCAUUUCUCUCUCUACAGCUGUGCAGAGGAGACAUGCACUUUUUGUGUGACUUGGUCUCUAUAUGGGGCCGACUUCACCGCCGAUUAAAAACAUCAAAAGAAUUUCUUCUUGAAGAGUGUGAACAGCUGAUUUUGUCUGCCACCAAUGUCAAUGCUAUUUUUCCAUUUAUUCGUGUCAUAAUACAUGAGUUGAGUGAAGAGGGUGUACAGUUCUGUGUGGAGCUAUGUGCUAAUGCCCUGCGCUCUUGCCUUCCCUGUGAUGUCAUCACAAAGUCUCUAAUUUACAAAACGAUGGCAAGCCUUGUGCCCAACGACCUGGAGAUCUGCCGCGCAUGUGCCCUCCUCGUUUUUUUUCUGGAGCGCUCUGUUGAGGCUUAUAAGAUGGUAUACAUUUUAUAUAUGCAUCCUGAUCAGGAAUAUCAUGUUGAUUGCUGUCCAAUUGGAAAUCGUGUUCGCUUUGAAACGCUGCAGACUCUGAAGAAGGAUUUAUACUUUGACCCAGAGUUCUGGAACCUUAUUGCUUUGAGGACAAACUGUUUGAAACUUAUGAAUGAGAAAGUGUUGAGUGCUGCUCUAGUGGAAAUCAUGGAAGAAAAGUGGGUCCCUAGCUACUGCCGCAAAGAGAACAGUUCUUCAUCAAGCAGAUCAAAAAGCACCAAGGAAAAUGCAAUGGCCAAGAAAAAGAAACUACAUAAAGGAGACCAACAAAAGGAUGGCAAAGAUAAAGCCCCUGCAAAGAAAGUAGGAAGACCUCGACUCAAUAAACACCUCCCCCUGAAAAAGAAGGGAAACCAAGGUACAAAGCAAUGGAAGGACACGUCUUCAGAACCGAUGCGGCGCUCCUCGUUUUGGCAGCUGGACAGACUACACCACAACAGAGCUUUGGAUUAUUGGGAAAACAGGCGUACCACUCGGCUUUCUGAGAGAGUCCCAGCCAAACGCAUGAUCAGAACUCCAAAGUGGCUUCUGGAAGACUCAGGAACUUUAGAUAAGAACGCUCCUCUGUUGAGGAGGACAGUACCCAAGUUUACCAUACUUACCUCUCAGAAGGAGGAAUGUGGUAGUCAAGAACAACACAAAACAGAAAGUGAAAUCCGAAUUGGAAAAUGA